UGCAGGGGACGCUGUUGUGGCGCCGGGGGCGGGGGGGUCGCGCUUGGCCCGGUGGCGAUCGUCGGCGUCCCGCCAGGAGAUGGCGGCGGCGAAAAAAAACAGGCAGAAGAAACCUGCUCCGUGGCUCGGAAUGAUUACAAGGAUUCCCCAUAAUGACGCCUGAUCCUAUGCAAGCUCUCCAGACUGGUGCAAGCUCUACCAUUUGCUGCUCUCAAAUCAUGUCUUUGAAUUGUGAAUCACAGGAGGCCCAGGAUCCAGUCAGCAGCUGCAGGCAUGGCCAGGCUUUCAGCUGCACAAACACCAGCCAAUCAUUCCUACUUACUCUGUUCUAUCUCUUCAUGUUGAAUAUCCGGUUCAGUGAAUCUCUGACAUCACGUGAAGGAAAAGAUUCAGUGAGCACCGUUUCAAAUGCCCCGUGUUGGCAGGUCGAACAAUUCUUUGUGGCAGAGAGCUGUAAGGAGUGCACACGCUUUGAGGUGAAAACCCGAGAAGCCUGCAGUACAACAGGAUUUGUGGAAAAGAUCAAUUGCUCAGAGUCCCAGCGAGAGGAAUAUAAAAGCUGCCGCUCCGCACUGAUGGAGGAGACUCUGUUCUGGAGGUUCGAAGGCACCGUGCUAACACUCUCCAUCAUCUUCUCUGUGUUGGUCAUUCACCGUCAGAGAGCACUGGACAGACUGGCCUCUGAGAAGGUCCGGAGACAAAUUGAAUCAAUUUGACCUGUUUGCUGCCUCAUUGUCAGACAUUGAGACGGAGUAUGGUUGCAGCUGAAUACAAAUAAGCACACACAGACCGGAGCACUCGAAUCAGUAUUACCUAGUGUUCUGUGUAGGCACGCCUCCAAUCCGGUGCAGGAGAAAAUAAGGACUGCAAAUGCUGGAGAGUCAGAGUCGAGAGAGUGGUGCAGGAAGAGCACAGCAGGUCAGGCAGCAUCUGAGGAGCAGGAAAAUCGACGUUUCAGGCAAGAAGCCUCAAUCCAGUACAAUCUGACCAACUCAAUUCCAUCAUCUGUUCAGUCCAUGAUCAAAAUAUACACCAAUUAUUGCCUCUGCCACCCUUGUGUGGCUCCAUUAGAAA